UACGCUACGCGCGCUCAUACGUACACCUGCCGCGUGCCAGCGCUACCGUUUGUCGCAUUAAAAUUGUGCUCUUUUAGUCGAACAAGUGAAUUGAUUUGUAUAGCGGAUACAAAGUGAAAAAUAUAACAAUAGCAAUAAAGUUAAAUUAAAUUAAGCGAAUAAUAAAAACACAUUAUUUUAACGAAAAAACACUCCCUCCUUUCAGCAAUUAGUACGCCCGCCAGCGGCAGUGUCGCAGUUUUUUUGACAGUCGCUUUGCAAAUCGCGCCACUUUGUAAUGAACGCUUGUGCAGUUUGCGUGUAGUGAUUGCUUGUGUUGUUGUAUCCUGUUGGACUGUGCUUGGUGUUCUGAGCGCAGGCGCGCGCCUGUUGUGUUCGCUCAAAGCUCAAUUUUUACGUUGGAUCGGGCAGUUCAGCGCCUCGCUGCGCGUGUGUGCUCGUCAAAAUGAAGUUCUUCGACGCAUUUUGCUUUAGACAACGAGUUGCAUUCUUCGAUAAGCAAGAGGGAACACUGACCUUCUGUCUGACAUCGAGAGGCACUGUUUCGACGACAAAUAGAACAUUUCUGCCAAGUGAAACCGCUGCUGAGCCAGAGCUAAGUGUCGAUACGCCGGCUUAUUACAGAUCUCGUGACGAAGACUACGAAACAAUAAACAAUAACAACAAUUAUAUCUACACAAUCCAAACGCAGAAGGAAACAAAUUGUGUAGUGCUACAGCAACCAACAACAACAAAUAAGCACAACGCAUUGAAAGCAACACACGGCAAAGCUGUAAUCCAACAGCUAAGUGUAGCAGAGCUUGCGUACAUACAGUUAGACGGCAAGUAUCCCAAACCCGCUGAACGCUUGCCAGCGCAGUUGACAGCCAAAGCCCCAGCCACGGCUACCUUAUCCGCUUCGAAGACCACACCGAGUAUACAAGGCAAGUCGACGAAAAUGGCAUCCAGCGCUAAUUUGAAUAGCACAGGUGCCGCUGCGCCACACUCCACCUCCGAGAAGCAGCCUUGGCCCAACUCGAAGGACGACUAUGAAUUGCGCGAUGUGAUCGGCGUGGGCGCGACCGCGGUCGUACAUGCCGCGCUCUGCCUGCCACGUAACGAAAAGUGUGCCAUCAAGCGCAUCAAUCUGGAGAAGUGGAACACUUCUAUGGAUGAACUGCUCAAGGAGAUACAGGCGAUGUCGUCGUGUAAUCACGAGAACGUCGUCACCUACUAUACAUCGUUUGUGGUGCGCGAGGAAUUGUGGCUGGUGUUGCGUUUGCUCGAGGGCGGUUCCUUGCUGGACAUUAUCAAGCACAGAAUGCGCACAGCGAAUUGUAAGCAUGGCGUCUUCGAUGAACCGACCAUUGCCACUGUUUUGAAGGAGGUACUCAAGGGUCUGGAGUAUUUCCACUCGAACGGACAGAUACAUCGUGACAUCAAAGCGGGUAAUAUAUUGAUCGGCGAUGAUGGCACCAUACAAAUUGCCGAUUUCGGUGUGAGCGCCUGGCUGGCGACCGGUCGUGAUCUCUCACGCCAGAAGGUGCGUCACACAUUUGUCGGCACACCGUGUUGGAUGGCACCCGAGGUGAUGGAGCAGGAUCACGGUUAUGACUUUAAGGCGGACAUCUGGUCGUUUGGCAUCACAGCCAUCGAAAUGGCUACGGGCACAGCGCCAUAUCACAAGUAUCCACCCAUGAAGGUGUUGAUGUUGACGCUACAAAAUGACCCGCCCACAUUGGAUACUGGCGCGGACGAGAAGGACCAAUACAAAGCCUAUGGCAAGACAUUCCGGAAAAUGAUUGUGGAAUGCCUGCAGAAAGAGCCCUCAAAACGGCCCACCGCCAGUGAACUGCUCAAGCAUGCCUUCUUCAAGAAGGCCAAAGAUCGCAAAUAUCUGACACAAACACUGCUCGCUUCCGGUCCAUCAAUGGAGACGCGCGUACACAAGGCCGCGAAACGGCAACCGGGCGCCUCCGGUCGUUUGCAUCGCACCGUCACCGGUGAAUGGGUGUGGUCGAGCGAAGAGGAAGACAAUGGCGGCAAGCAUCACUCGUCCGACUCCGAAUCGGACGAUCGACCCAUCAAUCGGCUGGAACGCGCCGAAUCGUCGGACAGUGAUCACGAUGACUACUCAGAGACUACAGCAACCGCAACAGAACCGGCACAACAACCGCAGCCACAACAACAACCUGCUGUGGCGAAUGUCGCAACACCAGCGGUGAACAUACCCACGCCGACAACAAAUAAUGCACAACCAGCAACAACAGAAGCGGCGAUAGCACAAGCUAUGACGGGUGUGGCGCAAAUGCCGAUGCCCUCAGCGGUAGCGGAUGCCGGCGAAGCACCACCGGUCAAUCUGGUGCUGCGCAUGCGCAAUCAGCGACGUGAACUGCACGAUAUACGUUUCGAAUUUGCCGUGGGCAAAGACUCAGCCGAAGGCAUUGCCAUGGAAUUGGUCGACGCCGGACUCGUCGACGCGUUGGACACGCAACCAAUGGCCGUGCAUCUGCAACAGCUGAUCGAGCAGCGCGCCGCACUGAAAACCAUAACGUUCCAAUUGAAUUCGGGCGUGCAGCCGGGCGAGGUGCUCGACGAUCGCUCGUUGGUAGGGUACGCGCAGAUAUCGAUAACGGAUUAGGAGGAGCAGCAGUGUGCGUUAGCCGAGUACGCGCCAAAUGCUUGAGUGUGACUUUGAGUUGUAGAAAUCUAAAGCUGGCAGCCUUUGCUCUGCAGUUUGGAGCUUACAAUUUUUACUUUUGUAAUCGAUUCAGUUGCGAAUUCUUCAAAUGUAGUCUUAAAAAAAUUGUAAUAUUUCUUAUUUUUAAUAUUAGCCAAACAAAGCAAAGGCCAACGCAUAGCGUAAGCAGUGGUGUAACUGUAAAUUUUAUUAAUUUAAUAAUAAUAAUAAUUAAAUAUUAAUAUUUUUGGGCAUAAAACUGUUCUUAGUUCUUAAUGUAGGUAGUUGAGCGCUUUGUUUGAAGCGGACACUCUCACACAUAAAAAAACAAAAACACACACACACACAUAGUGUAAACAACUGAAAGUACUUACGAUUACAUAUUUUCGAUAUUUGUAAUUAUUUAUUGUAUUUUUUUUAUAAUUAGCAUAAUGCGCCGUUCUUAUGCAGUCGC